UAGAAGUUGAGAUCACUUCAGGCUGUACUGAUACUUCAGGCUUUGCUAAAUUUGAUGAUAUGGGUAGAGUAGUAUGUGCCUUUUGUAGGGUGCGGAUCGUUUCAGGAUACAGAAGGAUCUGGCUUAGUUUUGAGGUGUUUGAAGCUGAAGACUUUAGAAAGCGGAAAUUCUAAGCUUUCCAACAAUACUAACUACAGAUGUUAGAAGAUAAGAGGAGUGAUAUCACAUUCUUUUCUCUUACACAUAUUUAUUGCUUGUUGUAGUUUCAUACAGAAACUGAUCUCAUAUUAUCAUUGUGAACUACGAAUCAUGUUUAAUACCUUUCCAGAGAAGUAUGGUCAAUUACUCUGAACUGGUGAUUUUUUUUUCUUUGACAUAAAUAUGAUCAACAAAAUGUCGAAUGGCCUAUAAUGGUUUAGUCUAGUGACAUAAGCUGGAGGUUCCGAGUUUGUUUUUGAUAGUUUGCCUACCUAAGUUAUGAACAUAGCUCGUUUCUGAAAGGACAAAUCUCUUCCAGUAAUUUGCCAUUUGGACAAUUGGAGUCAAAUGAGAAUUGAAUUUAUGGAGGGUUCUAAACACCAAUAAAAAUUGAUUCUUUACCUGAACACUUGAUCAGUGUUUUCUUAUGUGAGAAAGAGCAUCCCUUCAUUCCUUUAGUUCCAAAGUUUCCAACAGAUUUGAGAUAUUAGGCAACCCAGAAGCCGUAAGAGUUGACGUAUGGGAUUAGAAAUGGGCUCCAGUUGACAGGUGUCAUAUAAUGCUAAUCACACCUACUUAAAUACCCUUCGCUUAUACAAAGUUCGUUAAGGUGGUUCAGCUCCAAAACCAAACUUAUCCACCUUUGAUUUUCUGCCUUCCAGAGUUGCACAUUCUCUUAAUCUUUCUCACUUAUAAAUACUCUCGUUGAUAACAGAAGCACCUCAUUAAGUCCAUCUGUUUCUACCUAGCUAAAACCAUAAGCUUGUACAAACAUCCUACUCCAUCAAAAGCACUUUGCUUCCACAUUUAAGCUAGCAAUGGCAAUUUCAGUGCCUUCUGCCCGUCUGGUACUCAUGGUCAUGGCAAUGGCUGCUGUCUCAAUUAUGCCAGUUGUAUAUGGUCAAAUUGGCACCCCUUGCACUGCUGCUAAUAUUGCGAGUUUCAGUCCUUGCAUGAACUUCCUCACUAACAGCACCGCCAACGGUACUGGCGGUACUGCACCAACCGCAGACUGUUGCAAUUCGCUCAAGAAUCUCACAAGUACCAGCAGGGACUGUAUGUGCCUCAUUGUAACCGGAAGUGUUCCCUUCCAACUACCAAUCAACCGUACUCUCGCCAUCUCGCUUCCCCGUGCUUGCAACACCCCUGGAGUCCCACUCCAAUGCAAGGCCACUGGUGCACCUCUUCCUGCUCCAGGUCCUAAUUUUCAAGCACCAACUUCUUCUCCUGGAGCUUCACCAUCUGCCGGUCCAACAGUAGCUUCUACUGUCCCUGAACCUACCUCAUCUGCUGAGGCACCGGAAUCCAACGCAACACCAUCAUCAACAGGGGUUUCUGAAGCUCCAACAGCUACUACUGGGAGCCGCCCAGUUCUAACUCCAUCGGGAUCGGGUGCCAUACUCUCUUACGCUCUCUCGCCUUCUCUUCUGCUAUUCACUUCAGCUGUUCUUGUGUUGAAGUUUUGCUAGGUGGAUCUUGUGCUUCUCGAUCUAGUUCUCUAUGCAUGUAUUGUUACUUAGUAUGAGAAAUAUUCUUUUUUGGGUGUGAGUGUAGUACAUCAGAUCAUUGUAAGCCAUGUUGGUAUUUAUUUACUAAAAUGUUUCUUUUGUAUUAUAUAUCUUGAAUGAAUACAUGUAUUAAUUCAUCU